CGCCAUAGUUAGGAGCAUUAGACUGUAGAAGAGGAGAUUUAGAGCAGUUUAAUUCAAAUUCUCAAAUAUUCCUUGUUUAUUAAAGUGUUUAAGACAAUCGGCUGUUUGCAAUGGAAGAUUCUAGCGUUGGUUUUAUGUUUAUCCGCUUGAAUUUGAUUGAAUAUAUGAGGGGAGGGUGCGAGGAUACUUGAGUAAUUACGGUCUCAGAAGCUCCGCAGUUGCCGCUUGUGUUUAUCUGUGGCAGCUUUGGCAGGUCCGGGACGCUUUCUCCGCUCUGUUCGAGAGACUCUACCUCUCUGUUCAGGUAGGAAAUAUUAAUAAACUAGUGGAUAAGGACGAGAAAUACAAGCCAGAUACAGAAAUACAGCCUGUUUUUUACUCGAGCUGCGUUUAGUCAUUGGGUAUUUCCCUCUCUACUAAUCGGAUUCAGUCUGAUUGAAGAGGACAGAUCUAUCCUCACCUUAAGGAGCCUAAACCUGCUCAAAGCAUUAGCUCCCGGCGCCAAGUUCUGUCCGCCUAAUUCAAAGGUAAAUGCCGGAUUUCGAGCACUUCAGCUUCUCUCCCUCUAGAAUGAAUCCCGUGUUGGGUGAGAGUGUGUACCCGGUCCAGCAGCAGCAUCAGCACCAGCAUCAGCAUCAGCAGGUGAGCGGUCUCGCUGAUGGAGGUGGUCUCUUCUCUGAGUCCCUAUAUGGCUCACCUGAGCCCCCUUUCAUCUGGGCUGACAAUCCGCUGGUUCCGGGACAGGAUGGUCUGGGCCUGUCCGGGCUGGAUUUGGGCGCUUGGCCUCACGGUGCCUCUCAGUACCCUCACCGAUGCCCACCUGCACCUCCAGCCGCAGCUGCUCUCCGCAACGACCUGGGUUCCAACAUCAGUGUGCUCAAGGCCCUCAACCUGCGCUUCCGUUGCUUCCUGGCCAAGGUGCAUGAGCUGGAGCGGCGAAACAAGGCUCUGGAGAAGCAGCUGCAGACUGCCCUGGAGGACCGAGCCGAAAAGCCCACAACUCGAGACGUGGGAGUCCAAACAGUCUUUAGUGGGAUUGCGCCGGUCAAGCCAGAUUUGAUACCGAUGGUGCCGAAUGCCAACUACAUGUCUGGAGGAGGCCUGCCAUCGUCGCCGACACUCGACAACACAGUCCUUUCCAUUGGGCCUAGCAAUCAAACAAACCUCGGACAUUUGAACACAUUAAACGUCCCAGACUCAAACUCUAAUCUGGCCCCCGUUUUUCCCAUCCACAGCCCUUUAUCUCCUGGAGACCCAACUACCAAAAACAUCUCCAACAUCAACGAGAAAUACGUCAGCACUGGCACUGGGACGUCCACUAACCUCCCACCAAGGUACCAUCCCGGGACUCUAUGGUCCUAUAACCCAUCUCGGAGACUGAGUGUUGGCCGGGACCCAAGGGUGCCGGGUCCCGGCAUGUCAUGGAUGCACCAAGAUGGGGUGGGAGUCCAAAUUGAUACUAUAACCCCGGAGAUUCGGGCCCUCUACAACGUGUUGGCGAAGGUGAAGCGUGAACGAGAUGAGUAUAAACGAAGAUGGGAGGAGGAGUAUACAGUAAGAGUGGACCUACAGGACAAGAUUGCAGAGCUUGAAGAGGACCUGCAGGAGAGCGAGGUGUGUCAGGAUGAGCUGGCUCUCAGAGUGAAGCAGCUUAAGGCUGAGCUGGUUCUUUUCAAAGGCCUAAUGAGCAAUAAUCUUUCAGAGCUGGACAGUAAGAUUCAGGAGAAGGCCAUGAAGGUGGACAUGGAUAUCUGCAGGCGGAUCGAUAUCACAGCACGUCUCUGUGAUGUGGCUCAGCAGAGGAACUGUGAGGACAUGAUUCAGAUCUUUCAGGUGGCCACGCCUCCUUCAACGCUGACCCGUCGUCCUCGGAAACAAGCCCCCCCAUCCACCAAGAGCAACGACGGCGACGAAACAACCAGCAUCUCUGAGAGUGAGGAGGGUGGAACUAAGGAGGUGGAGCUGUGUGGUUCCUCGACCAAUCAGGUCAAUGAAGAAAUGCAGAGGAUGCUUAACCAGCUGCGUGAGAGUGAGUUUGAGGAUGAUUGUGAUAGUCUAGCGUGGGAAGAGACUGAGGAGACUCUGCUGCUGUGGGAGGAUUUCCCAGGAUACACCUUAGGUGUGGAAACUCAGGGAGAGCAGGAGGAGUCCAUAGAGAAGGUGAUAAAUGACACCGAGUCACUGUUCAAGUCUCGUGAGAAGGAAUACCAAGAAACUAUAGAUCAGAUUGAGCUGGAACUGGCCACCGCUAAGUCAGAUAUGAACAGGCAUCUGCAUGAGUACAUGGAGAUGUGCAGUAUGAAGAGGGGUUUGGAUGUGCAGAUGGAGACCUGCCGGAGGCUCAUUACACAGAGUGGAGACAGUAAAUCCCCGCUCCUCAUAUCUGUAAGUGUGGAGGAUGGAGAGGAUGGAGAGAAGGAGAGGAAGAAGGCACCCCUUCCAGCAGAUUCUGGCACUGAACCAUACUGCGACAUUCAGAACAACCUCACUGUCCCUCAUCUAACCUGGAAAAAGUCCUAACAGCCUUCUUGUCUCUCUGACCCUACAUUACAAAAAAGGCUGUUUACAUUUCAUGGUCAACUGAUGAUCUUGCACUUUUUACAGACAAUUUACAGACAGGUCCAGGCAUCCUCUUAAAGAGCCAUUGACCUACCACCAAAUUUGCAAAAGCCUCUAGUGCCACCUAGUGGGAAAGAUUCUUAAUAAGUCUAACUGAAUCGUUCACCUAUAGGCACUUUGAGUAUUUAUAAAGUGCUUUAAGACAAUAUUAGCAUUUUACUAAUACAACUUUAAAAGCAGUACAUCAGCAUUUUACAUCAAUUUAAGAUGUUAAAGACAUAAAUAUAAGCUUUAGCUGUAAUAGUCACUUUUUAAUGACCCACAAUGACAACAAGCUGCAUAUGAAGAUACCUGAUAAUAACAACAGAUCACAAAUUCCCAAUUAUCCGCAAAUAGGGCUCACUUUGGGACCAGCAGCAUUUAGGACAUCUGUCAAAAUGGGGCUUUUCCUGUUACAUAGUGCUUAAGCCUCUUAGUAUUAGCUGAAAUACACUAAAGCACCUAUCUCUUGGACAACUUGUAGCUAAAUUUUUGGUUAUUUUAAAAGAAACACUCAAUAUAUAGUUGGACUUUGUAGGGUUUACAGUACUACACUUAAUCAGCUGCCACCUACCUCGUCCAUCAGUGUAAAGGGACCACCAUUGACCAGAUACAGUCUGUGCAACACUCAAUAACUGUUACUGUAUGCACUGUACACCUAUAUGAUGGGUGUUGCUGAUAAAAUAGCCUAUUAGUGUAGCAACAAGUGUAAAUUGGUGUUUAGUAUAUUGUGAAUAAAAAAGAGCUUCUGUUACAGUGUUUUAUAAGAUGUUUGUACACGUGUACACUGUACAUAGCUGAUAAGAUUUGGAAAAAAAAGUAAUUUUGUUUAUUUUUCACAACAUAUUGUGUGUAGUUGUUUAACAAUGUAGUCUGUACAUAUAGUCAACCCACAUAGUCGAAACACAGACAGGUUCAGCUUGAUGUAUCAGGUUGUAGAGCUUGCUUCUGCCACCAACAAGAGCCUUAACAGGUAUAUAAAAAACAUAUGUUAAAAUAACCAGUGUUGCAUUUCAGACACUACGUGUUCAGGUAACCAGCUGAACACUUUUGUUGUAAAUGUAGUUUCAUUGGAUUGUCAUUUUGCAGAUUCACCACACCACCAACUGUAACUGUAUGUAAAUAAUAUACACAUCAGCACAAGUCAAGGCUUAUCUAACGCUUUUCCUAAAUUCUGAAAUUGACUUAAAAACCACAAAGUGCACUGGAAGGCUUCCUGUAAGAGUUUGAUUUGUUUGGUUCUCACCCUUUCAGACCAUGCAUCUUUCCUUCAGUUAACAAUGAAUAUCCAUCUGUUCAGUCUCUAUAGUGACAGUAAUAGUGACAGUCUUAAUCAUGCAAUCAUAGUUGACCAUGCACCUUAAGAACAGUUUAGCGCAUUUAGCAGAUGUUCUGUCAUAAACUGUACAUCUCCACAUUACCACAACAAUUUACUGCAGUUCUUUAACAUGUGAAUGUAAAUAUAAAUGUGAAUUAUAUGAAUGUUACAAUACAUAAUGUAUAAAGACUUCCAGUGGAUGUAGAACAGUUAUUUCGUUUGCCAGAAGAAAAAAAAUGUUUCCAGAUGAUUGAGUUUGUCGAUAAAGAACAGUAUAUAGCCUUUUUAUUUACUGUUGAUCAAUCCAAAAUGAUCCAAAAUAGUAAAUGUCUUCUGAAAGUUUCUCUAUUACAGAACAUUUAACACCGAACCACCCUGAAAGACUUUUUUUUACAUACAGUAUUUUACUCAUUCGUUUUUGAUAUUUUGGCUAUUUCCCUCUGUAAUUAUCUGUCAAUGAAUGUGCCAUUGCUGAUUGAUUUAAAUUUAUUUAUUUAUUUGCCAAAAUACUAAUUUAAUAAGCACAUUUUCAUUGCUAUUCUGUUAUAAUUAAUUUAAUAGUAUACCUCUUUAGUUUUUAUAUUUAAAUUCAGAGGAUUUCUGUGUGACAGUGACACUGGCACAUGUUACUUAAUAGUAACUAUAUGCACUUUUCUUUUUUAAUAGAAUGAUUAAAUAAAUGUACUCCAAAUCAUUUAAAAAGACACAUUGCCCAUAUAGCUUCUGUUAAGAUAAACAAGGCUGAAACUGUAUGGUAUAUUGUAUGAAUGCAGAAGAAGGAUGGAGAAUGAAAUAUGUCAGAAAGAGAAUAAAUUGUGUAAAAAAUAAAUGGCAAUAAAAUAUUUUAAAGAACUGA